AAUGAGGAGUUCGUAAAUUUAACCAAAGAUUUCCCCGCAUCGGGCGGCUGCGGCCUACUCACCUACGCGGUGGCCCACCAAAAGCCGCCUCUACUGAUCUUCCCCUGCUCUUUUUUCGCCUUCGCCUCCGGCCUCCGCCGAUUAGAAUCGCUUCCGUCUUCCCCUCGCGAGGAUCAAAAGCUGCUCAGUUACAAUAAAAAUAUAAAGGGAAAGUGGGUAUAUUUUCUUAAGAGAGGAAAGAUCAGCAGAUAAUCUACAUAUGGAAAGGAAUGGAAACACAGCGAGUGAAGAAUUUUAAUGUGAAACAUUUUCGUAGUACUGGAAAUUCUGAAGUUAUGUCAUCAUCUCUACCUGUGCUACCUGCUCCCUUCGAAAAGAAGUUUCCGAAACUGCCAGAUUCCCAACAGCUUUCAGUGGAGAGGGAGCUAAGAAGCAGUCCAAUUAUCCCCCAUCAUACUCCCUUCGUCUCCAACAGUGGGGUUGUUGGACCUUUAUAUUCAUCAGCUUCAGGGUUCUCUUCAGAUCUUCAUUUCUCUUCUGUUUCACCUAAUGUGAGGCAUCCUAAUGGUUCUUCCUUUGUUUCCCGGUCAUCGAAUGUUGGAAUAUCCUUUCCUUCAACUCCUUCACAUUCAGGGGCAUUCCAAUCUUCAACAGUUAAUCACCCCAGAGAAUCCACUAAAGUCACCUGGUGUCCAGAACCAAUUCAGAGCAUGAUUGAUUAUUCAGAUAAUAUCACUGAUGGCAACAAUGAGAUCCAGAACAGUUGUGAUGUGGUCUCUGAUGACUUUGCUAAGCAAAAUGAGUGGUGGACAGAUUUAAUGAAUGAAGAUUGGAAGGAUAUUCUCAAUGAAACAAGUGCCACUGUGUCUCAGCCAAAGGCUAUGCAAUCAGCAGCCCAAGCAUCUCCAAGUAUAUCAGCUCACCAGCCGCAAAUCCAUCAAGUUGUUCCAUCUCAGUCUGGAGAGAUUUGCACAGUCUCUAAUUCCUCCUCUGCUGCUAAUGCUACCACAACCAAGCCGCGCAUGCGUUGGACUCCAGAGCUGCAUGAAUGUUUUGUAGAUGCUGUGAACCAGCUUGGCGGCAGUGAAAAGGCUACCCCUAAAGGUGUUUUGAAACUCAUGAAAGUGGAAGGUUUGACUAUAUACCAUGUGAAAAGCCAUCUGCAGAAAUACAGGACAGCUCGUUACAGGCCAGACUCAUCAGAAGGGGCAUCAGAGAAAAUGGUCACUCCACAGCAGGAAGUGUCAUCUCUUGACCUGAAGACGAGUAUCAAUCUCACCGAAGCAUUGCAGCUCCAGAUGGAGGUCCAGAAACAGCUUCAUGAACAACUUGAGGUACAGAGAAAUCUGCAGUUGCGAAUUGAAGAACAGGGGAGGUACCUUCAGAUGAUGUUUGAGAAGCAAUGCAAGUCGGGCAUCGACAAGCUUCAGGCUCCUUCCACCAAGGAAGAGCCAUCGACUGUAUCUUCUGACCAAACAUAUUCUGCUGACAAAGAACUUUCAGGGAAGGUUCGAGGUGAAUCUGGAAAUGACCCUGCCGAUACAGAAAUAGCAGAAGGCUCAAGGCAGGUUGGCGACAAGCAGAAAAUGCCCGAAGCUGAAUCCUGCAAUGAGAGGGAAUCUAAUACCGUUAGUGGGUCUCAUUCCCCACCCUGCAAGCGCGCACGAGGCCCUGAUGGGGAGUCCUCAACUCCCACAUCUGCAUUAGAUUAACAGAUUUCAGUCUUGUACUAUGACUGGUGAAAUGGGCACCAUUGUUUGUAAUGAGUCUCAAUUAUCAAGUGGGAAGCUUUUUAAGGUUAGGAGCCACUGACUCUUCAAGGAGGCAGCAGACAUGGUCGCUUGGACUAUUGGAGGGUGAUAACACAUUUUCUAUUUAUUUCAGUCAAUAAUGAAGUUGUAGGGUGUAGAGAUGUGGUAACGCGCCUUUCAUGAAGUUGGAAGUGUUUUGGGAGACGGUCACGAAAGAAGUGCUGUGCUCGAAAGAAAAAGAAUACAUAUUCUUGAGAACCCUUUUGCUUAAAUAUUCAGAAACGUCAGCUGUAACAGUGUUUUGAUAACAUCAGUUAUCCAAUGGGGAAAAGAUACAUUGCAGUUUGUUGACUGUAGAUCACCAAAAAAAAAGAAAAAGUACUAAAUUUCAUGUAUCAAAUCCAUGUCUGCUAGUUAUAUGCUGUAAGUUGCACCUGUAACUAAGUGCCAUGAGAUGGAUGUCAUGGAUCCUUCCUCCAGUAAUACCCUUUGUUCCAAA